AUGUUUAUUAUACUUAAAGCGAACUACAAAUUAUUGUUGACACAACCUAGAAGAGACACAUUAAAAAAAGGUACAUUAAAAGAAAGAUGCAUUAAAAGAAAGACAUUAAAACAAUCGGAUCUCGGUUUGAUUCAUGUAUGGAUUGACGGAUAUAUUACAGGAUUCAAUGAUAAUGAGAAUAAAUGGAAUAGAAAUGGAAAAGUAGAUGUUUGUUUAAAAGGUCUUGAUAAUUCUAGAAAUAUAAAACAAGAAUUUUUAGAAGAAAAUCAACAUAAGCAGGGAGGUGAGUCGGCAAUUGCGAUUUAUGGAAUAACUAAAAAUCCAAAAGAUAGUAAUUACAUGAUGGUCAUGGAGUAUGCAAAGCAAGGAAGCCUCCGAAAAUUAUUAGAUAGCAAAUAUACUGAAUUAGAUUGGGGUUCUAAA